AUGGAAGUCCUGAUCAUUGGCGCCGGAACCACCGGUCUUCUCCUCGCCCAGGGCUUGAAGAAGGUGAGGUCGAUGCACGAGUUUACGAGAGCGUGGCAGGAGUUUUGAUUCCGAGAAGGCCAAUAUCAAAGCUACGGUCUUCGAACGCGAUACGUCAGACUACUAUCAGAACCGCGAGCGGGAUUGGGGCAUGAGCUUGCACUGGGGUACGGAGGCCAUCAACACCGUGCUCCCUCCAGAGCUGCAGGCCCGGAUCAAAGAGGCUGCCACUGAUCCAUUCUGGGAUCCUCCAGACGGCGGCUGCUUGACUCUGCCUCAAUUCGCGGGCCAUACCGGCGAAUUGCUCAACGUCACGCCGAUGCCCAGAGGCUCGCUUCGGGUCCGGCGCAAAGGACUCAGAAAGCUGUUCAGCGAGGGCAUUGAGAUCAAUGUGAGCUCGUGCUUUCACGUGCCGUCCGCUCCGGCCUCACUGACAGUGCAUCCAAGUACGGAAAGCGCCUAGAGUCUAUUGUCAAGUCGGAUGCCGGUGUGACAGCCGCCUUCGAAGACAAUUCGCAAGCUACCGGCUCUCUCCUGAUCGGCUGCGAUGGCAACAGCUCCAGAGUUCGCGAACUUCUCGUGGGCCUCGACAAGUCUCCAAAAUCGUCUCUGGGCAUCAACAUGUUCAACUUCACAGCUCAAAUCGACCCCGAGAUGUCCAGGAUGAUCCGCGCGAAGGCUCCAAUCUGUAUCAAUUCCUAUCAUCCGAGGAAUUGGAUGUUCUGGGUUGCUAUCCAGAAUGUAUUGGAUUCAGCUGAUCCGACGACUUGGAGUUUCCAGCUCAUGUUCUCCUGGCUCGGCUCACCUACCAAGGCAGAACUUGCCACCCAAGAGGCACGCACCGCAUUUCUGAAGUCGAAGGCAUCAGAGUAUAGUGACUUCUGGCGAACCAUAUUGGAUGCCAUUCGCGAAGAUGCGAGAUUCGGUGUCGAUGACAUCGCCUAUUGGGAGCCUGUGGACUGGUCGUCUCAACCAUUAGCUUCCCAUGUCACUCUGGCUGGAGAUGCUGCCCACGCCAUGCCUCCGUACCGUAAGUCGACCAAGAUCACUGAUCCCCUAUUCGAGACAGAUUCUCAAUUUUCGCUCCAGGCGGACAAGGUCUCAACAACGCUCUGGAAGACUCGUACCUUCUCACGAAACUUCUCAUUGAAGUCGGCACUCACCCUUCCCCCGAAGCACUCACAUCGCUCCUCCGUCAGUACGAGCGAGAAAUGAUUCCAAGAGCAAAACUCGAGAUGCAGAUCUCGACGACCGCAGCGAGGCUGGCGCACGAGUAUGAGAAUCGCAUGGAGAAUCCACUUAUUAAGCUUGGGAUUCGACGAUCAGGGGACGCGGACUUUGGAGAUGAGCCUGUGGUGGAUGGCGACGCGAACUCCAGCGCACAUGCAGAUGGAGCGUAA